GUACUUUGGCGUCAAUUCACUCUAGCGUCCAGCUUGGCUCAAGUGUUUGGGUAAAAAAGCAGAAAAGUAUUGAACGUAAAAAGGUAAGAAAGUAAAAAGUUCGCAAUGUCUACGCCACCGGUAAAGAGAAGCCGAAAAGUGAUGAAUCGGGCGAAUAAGAUGCUAGCGGUCUUACAUUCGGAGGUCCGCCAGCAAAACCGGGAUGAGGAAGUGCCGGGACCGAGCCGGAUUGUGCCUCGACUCAUUGAUUCAACUAUCCAGGGUGAAAAUCAACCCCAGGAGAUGGAAGAUUCAUCGCAGCUGGCUAAUCUCACCGACGCAGCAUUCGGCGAAAAUAGUUUUAAUAUUUUUGGUGGUGGUUCAGAAGGGGAUUUAGUUGUAGAAGAAUUAGAUGACAGUAGUACGGUAGAGCAAGGUGGUGGGAUAAUAGAUUUAGAAGGUAGUGUAGAAGUUGAUAACGACGAUGUUCACGAAAGUGAUAAUAGCGUUGACAGUGAAGUUGACGAACGGGUUGACGAAUCCACGGCUGCCCAUAUCUGCAAAAACCAUUCAAAUAUUGGUGAUUGCUUAAGAGAUUGGGCAAUCGUGCAUAAUCAACCACGUUCAUCAGUAAAUGAAAUUUUAGAUAUUUUCAGAAAAUGGACCGCUCUACCGCUUCCCAAGGACUCGCGUACGUUGUUGAAAACAUCAACAACCAUCGGCCAGGAGAUACGAACCGUACCAGGAGGAGAGUUUUGGUACAAAGGAAUUGAAAAUAAGCUCAACAGUUACUUUCAGUCAAAAGCUCCGUCAACACAUAUUAUUUCCAUUCAGCUUUCCAUAGAUGGGCUUCCUCUUCAUAGAGGGGGACCAAUGCAAGUUUGGCCCAUCUUAAUGAAAGUUGAACAGAUGCCCAAUGCUCCGAUUAUGAUGAUCGGAAUGUUCUGUGGGCCGGCGAAACCUGAAAGUUUGGAAGUUUUCCUGAGGCCGUUGGUAGAAGAGGGCAAACACAUCCAUGAAAGAGGAUUGCAUAUUGGUGAGGAAGUACGGCAAUUAAAAAUUCGCGCUAUAAUUGCAGAUUCACCUGCGCGGGCUUUCAUAAAAGCAACAACCUACUUUAACGGAUACCAUGGCUGUAUGAGAUGUACCUGUUGUUGCUACGGGAACAACAGUGGACGUAAAACGUCCCCGUUGGUGAACCGGCCACGCGAAGGUAUGGCCGAUUCGGAAAAGAAGUCGCGCGCCUUCCUUCGGGCGUUGAAUCAACGGAUGCAACGUACCUCGCACAGGUCAGACAAGUGGCUUCAUUCCCGGAUUACCGGGCGAUCUUCCAAAAGUGGACCUGAUGGGAGGGGCGGUCGCGAUUCUUCCAAUUCCUCCGACGGAGCAGUUGGUACUACUAGAGCACCGGCCCGAAUUCCGUAGGGAGGACGAGGUCGAAUCUUCCGCUGACCAACGCCUGGACACUGGUUUCUCUCCUAGCUUCCGACGAAGUGGU